CAGCGAUGAAGGUCGUACAAGCGCUGCUGCUCAAGCAUGGGAUAGCCGAGCGCCUGCAGUCCGUGGUGGCCACCGCCAAGCCGUUCCGCGUCUUGGGCCUCGACAUCAACACCAACACGACCGGCUACGUCGUCCUCAACGAGCGCGGUCGCCUCACCGACGCCGGGCAUGUGUCUACCAAGCACCUCUCGAGCGAGAGCCAGAUCCUGGACAUUGGCGUCGACAUUGCUUCGACGCUGCAGCGGCUGCAUAGCGCUUCGGGAACGCUGCCGUGGGUCGUUGGCAUUGAAGACUUUCUAAAGACGUACGCGGGCGGUCGGUUCCACACCAAAGGGCUCUUCCAGCUCGCACAGCUCAACGGCCUCGUGUCGUACUCGUGCUAUACGACCUUCAAGUCGCGGCCGCAGCACGUGCACCCGACGACAGCGCGCGCCCUCUUCCGCCUCGCCAAGCCCAAGGACGCAGCGACCAAGCCAAAGAAGUACGCGAUCAAGCACAUCGUGUUAGCCUUUGCACUGGCGAUGGAGCCGACGCUCAUCGAACCCGAGGCCCCCUCUUCCUUCAAGUACGACGUCGCGGAUGCCUAUGUGAUUGCGCUCUUCACCUACUGGCGCCAUAUCGCCGACCUCGCACUCGCAGCUGACGCGCCGUGGACCGAGUCGGUGACGGCGGCGACGACGCUCGCGUUGGCCAAGCCACUGGCGCGCAAGGCCGCCGCGACGCCCGAGCUUGAUCUGCAGGCGCACGUCGCGUCGCUGCUGCGGGCGCACGUCGAGCAACACAUCAAAGAUACACUGCCGCCUCGUGCGUUAGAACCCUAGACCUAAUAUAGCCUUACGCGGCGUCCGAGAGGAGGUACGCGACGCGGCUCUUUUGCUUUUGGACAGCC